CUCGCUUUUAAGGAUAGCACAGGAGCAGGAGCAGCAGCAGUAGUAGUAGCAGUAGCAACAAUGCGAUAGAUGCACGGACUUAUAAGGUGAAACGCGAAACUGGAGCAGCUCAGUUCGCUGUUGGCAGGCGUCGCUGAAGGUAGUUCUGAAUACUGGAUACUGGAUACUGGACACAGGAGCCAUUCGAGCCAGAAGCCGAAAGGGAGCACUUUUUUCAAGACAAUUUAAGUGACAAAACCGUCGGGGCUGACCAGCCAACCAGCCAGGACCAGAUCCUCAAAAAAUCCUCAUCCGAAAUGUGAAAGUGUGUGCGCGUCGCAAAACAAAAAAAACGAAUUCGUGCAGUCCGAGGAGCUGAAGUGAGACGCGACCAAACUAAACCAAAUUAAAUAAAAGUUAAUUGAGAGAGCCUUGGACAUGCCCCAUUAAAUAUGCUUCUCGAUGUUUUGUUCAAGUUGGAACGGAAGGCGAAAAACGAAAAGUGCACAACCGAGCAUUAUGCCAAAAUAGAAAUCACAAAAAUAUUCCCCCAAAAAGACCACUAAAAAUACAGAGAUAUAGUGAGAGAGAAGCCUCUAAGGAUAGAAGGAUCAACUUUUAGUGAAAUUUGCAUCCAAUUUAUGCAGUCAUAAAAGUUAAAGGAGCACUAGUUGACCAGACCAGUCGCAGCAUUAGAGGACGUGCCAGGCAUGCCAACCGCCAAAAGGAGCAUGAUGUAGUAGACAAGGACUCAUCCAGCCAGUCAGCCACCAGCCACCAGCCGCCAGCCACCAGCCACCUAGCCAGUCGGCAAGGACAUCUUGCCUCUCUUGUGUUGAUGAUGCGACAUUGCCAUCGACUUGUUUGCGUUUGCGAGCCGUGAUAAGCAAACUGGAGGCAGGACUAAGGACCAAGGACCCCGCACCAAUUUACUUAAUCUGGCGAGAACAUAACGAAUUGCGUAGCCAAAUCCCGGCUAGCGAGUUUCCAAGUGAUUAAUUUCGACAACAAAACAACCAGGACUUGAGCCAAUUACGAGCCAGCGAUAAGGACGGAAUCGAAACGGAGCACCGCCAGAUGCCGCCAUGAGUUUCCUCAGCUCCAUGCAGCAGUAUGUCACGAGUGGCAUCUCCAGUCUGGGUCUCGGCAACCGCCGAUUCUCCCUCUCCCGCCAGGAGUCCUCCGAGCAGCAAUCUGGCUCCUCCGCUGGCGGCCCAGCUUCCUCCACUCAGCAGCAGCAGCAGUCGGGGUUUCCGCAGCAACAUCCGCAGCUGUUGCAGACACAGCUGUCGCAGCAACAGUUGCUGCAGCAGCAACAGCAGCAAGUACCGCACGGCCAUGCCCCAUUGCAGCAACAGGCGAGCAUUGGCAGCGGCCUGGGAGUUUAUGGAGCGCCCGCCGCACCCACUGGGGGCGUGGCACCAACAGCCAGCGGCAGUAAUUAUCCUUCAGGCGGCGUGGUAAUCGGCAAUCCGAAUGCCACCAAUCCAUUACUGGGUUACCCAAAAAUACCGGGUGGCAAUCCCGGCACCGUCGGCGGCAAUCCCUCUGCAUCCGGUUCCGGUGGAGGCGGAGGCGGCACGCCCCAAUCCCGCCGCCAGUCGAGGGCCCUUGAGUGCCUGGCGCCGCCCCGCACCGGAUCCUUCAGGCAACGGAACUCGCCGCUGCACCAGCCGGACCCGCCGCCCCGUCCGCCGCUGGCCUUCUGCAAGCGCCGACUGAGCUGGCCGGAGGUCGACCCACGCUCCAAUUCCGGUGUUCAGGAAACGGAUGGCUCGUAUUUUGAGAAUUUUACAUCGCUCGGCUGGAAACGUGAAAAUCGUCGCAUGUCGGCCACGCGUGCCGCCGAAGCACGUGCCGAGGCUAAUCCCGAGAAUGAACGUGAUCCGCCGGCUACAGAGGAGUCCAUUGACCGCCACGAUGAGAAGGAGAAGCUCUACGUGGAGGUCCUGCACACGAUUGCAAAUACGGUGGGAGCACCUGCGCCCGGCGGACAGUUCGCCCAUUACAAGGACGAAAUGUAUCUGCACGCCCAGCGCGCCUUCGGUGUCAAUCCGGAUCGUCAUUAUCGACUCCUGCACGCCUCCGCUGAGGAUAAACCAAAGAUAAUCGUCCUCUCUGCGGUGGUAAUCGAAGCUGAUGGCCUCGAGGCGAAGGAUGCCAAUGGUUUCUCGGAUCCGUACUGCAUGCUGGGAAUACAGCCGGACGGAGACGCUUGUCCGCCCGUGUCGCCGCUGCCGCUGCCGCCGACGCCGCGCGCCCUCUCGGCGGACAUGAGUGGCGGGUUCGACAACAGCGCCACGGACUCGCCGCCGCACCGCAAGCACAGCUUCCGGCUGAGCUUCAAGCGGCGGGAUGGGGGAGCCGGACGGCGGGAGCAGCGCGACUCACUGGGCGGGCCGGUGCCGGCCAAGCUGAUCAAGGCGACCUCCAUCAAGCCGCACACCCUCACCCCCAAAUGGAACGAGAAGUUUAAAUUCGAUAUAGACGACAUAAAUACGGAUACCUUUCACCUGGACAUUUGGGACCACGAUGACGAAAGCUGCGUCAUGGACGCUGUGUCGCGACUGAACGAAGUCCGUGGUGUUCGCGGGCUGGGACGCUUCUUCAAGCAGGUCUGUCAGUCCGCCCGACAGGGAUCACAGGACGACUUCCUCGGCUCGGUGAACAUUCCACUCGCUGAGAUACCCUCCACCGGGCUGGAUGCCUGGUUCAAGCUGGAGGCCCGAAGUCAUCGAAGCACCGUGCAGGGCAGAAUCCGGCUCAAGCUGUGGCUCUCGACGCGAGAGGACCGGGGCAAUGUGGGCGAGGAGAACCACGAGAUGCAGAUCCACAAGAUUGAGCAGCUCCAGAAGGUCUUCAUGCAGCACGAGGUGACCACCCAUGAGCCCUCGUGGACCUGGUGCGGAGACCUCCCUGGUCCGGCUCUCACCAUACUCCAUCAGUUGGCCGUGCAGGCGGAUCUCUCGGACUUGCAUUGUGCCAUGGCAAGGUAUGUGGCUGCUGCCAAGUUGAAUCGUUCUACUCCCCUGGACCCGAAAUUCCUCCACCGGCUGCUCAGCGACGUGGAGAAGCAAUGGAAUCAGCCCAACCAGGAGCCACUGAGCCGGGAUCUGGAACAGUGGCUGGCGGAUGCUAUGAACGGAUUCGUGGAGCGCUCCCUGAACCAAAUACGCAGGCACAGGGACAUUUUCCCGGCCCUGAAUCCGCCCUCGCUGAUUCGCCUGGAAUUCCUACUCCGCUGCCUGGGUCUGCUCGGAUCGAUGCGAGCCUUCCGGGCCGUGUGUCCUUUCAACAAGGGUGUGCGGGGCGAGGUGGUGAAUGCUCUGCGCAAAGGAUCCGUGAUGUGGGGCCAGGCGGUGCUCCGAGAGUCGCAGAGCUUGCCCAAUCCAUUAUCGAAUUAUGUAACAACAUUAACGGCCGACAUUCAGCUGGGACAGACCUACUACCAUGCCCUAUUCGACAACACGAAUGGAAUUCAGUACUUCAGCAUCAUCUACAAGCAGUAUGACGCCAUGGUAGGUGACGAGGUGUACACCCGAAUGGCCGCCGGCCAGGUGCCCGGGGUGCGGAUGAACCUCUCCCAGUACGCCGUGCUCGAGGGUGAUGUCGAGCCGGUGGACACGAAGCCCUUUGAACUGUUCCUGGCCCUGCAGGAGUUCUGCCAACUGAAGCGCCACCUCUCCGCCCAGCCGCAGCCCCCGGAGAAGCCGCUGGCGCUGAGCAACAGCCACGAGUGGUUCAUACCCACCCUGGAGCGCUGGAUGAUGGUCAGCAAGGCGAAGGCGCUUCAAAGAAUCCGGGCUGCCAUACGCAUGGACGCCAUAUGCGAGGGCGAGCGGAUAGUGCGGUACAGUAGCUCCUCGGUGGAUACGGCCAGCACCCUGCUGAACAUCAAGGAGUUCUGGAAGGUUAUGAACUGGCCGGACGAGGACACGGCCAUCAUGCUAGAGUCGCAGCUGAUCGACGUGGUCUGCUCGGCGGCGAUGCACUACUGCGACCUGAUCCACACCGCCCUGGCGGACAGUGGCUACUACGAGCAGCAGGGUCCCUUCCGGUGCUCCGACGACAUGUGCGUCACCGUCAACAACGUGGAGUACGUGCGUCGCACCCUGGCGGAGUUCCGUUCCGAUGAACAGCCCCUCGAGGAGUCGGCCGACAAUCUGCUGGAGUCCAGCCUCACCCACAUGGAGAACCGCUGCGAGCGCAUCCUCUCCAAGCUAGCACCCCUCAUGCAGAUGUCCUUGCAGAAGGCCAUGUUCCAUUUGGCCUGGUCCCCCGACUCCCUGCCCGCCAAUCAGGCCAUAGUCCCGCUGCUGGAGUACCUGGACUGUCACCUGGCCGCUCUUAACAGUGCCAUGCUCACCAAGAACUUCAAUCGGUCGCUGCGCUUCAUCUGGAAGACCGUGCUGGGCGAGAUGUCGCGGCAGAUGGAGACGGGCGACGAGACGGACAAGCCCACGCACUUCCACAAGAGGCUAUACGAGGCCCUCCAGCUGCUGGUCGACUUCUUCCACGCCGAGGGCCAGGGCCUGCUGCUGGAGUGCCUCCACACGGAGGACUUCUGGCGCAUCGAGCAGCGCCUGCAGUUCCACAAAACGGACACCGACCGGCUCAUCGACAUGUUUUACAUGCAGCGCCUCCGGGAGCAACUGAUGGCGGUCAGUCCAGGUCCCUACGGAUCCUUGGCGGUGCGGGCCUACUUCAACCACGAUUCGCUGUGUGUGGAGGUCCUUCACGCCAGGGAUGUGGUGCCUCUGGAUCCGAAUGGUUUCAGCGAUCCGUUUGUGGUCAUAGAACUGCUUCCCCGAAGGAUCUUCCUGCACUGCAUGGAGCAGCAGACCAAUGUGCACAAGCGGACUUUGAAUCCCAUAUUCGAUGAAUGCUUUGAGUUCUCCGUGACCCUGGAGCAGUGUCUCACCGAAGGUGCCAUGAUCUGCUUCACGGUGAUGGACCACGACGUCCUGACGGCCAAUGACUUUGGCGGGGAGGCCUUCCUGGCCCUGGGAAACAUACCCGGAGUGGCUGACUACAGCACCAGCGUGGACAACUUCCACGGCCUGAAGCAGAUCGAGCUGCCACUGAUGCAGCAAUUGGAUAAGAGCAAUCCCAUUUUGCAAAUCCUCGAGGUGCGAAUCAACGACAAGCAGGCCCAGGACUUUGUGCGCAAGCAGAAGGCGCGACUUAUCAAUUGAUUUUUAGCAGGAUUUAGAUAAAAUGCUGGCAGAUGCAGGACUAAGGACUAGAGGACUAAGGGACAAUGGACAAGAGGAACCGUUUGUAAAACGUUGUGGUGUGGUGGGGAUCGAGCAAUGUAAUUGCAUCGACGUGACUUGAUAAAUUAACCAAAAGCUAUAUGUUGUAUCCAAAAACCAGCAUUGUAUGUAAUUGUACUUAAUCUAGUUGUUCGAAAAAGACUCCUCUCUUCAGUUUGUAAAUGUUAGCAAAAUCGAAUCGAAAUUCAAAUGGUGCAAAAAAAAAAAACAAAGAGUGGCUCUACACUUGAAGUUGCUUGAACAGAAUUACGGAUAAAUUUUAGGGACUUAUUAGAAGCCUAGCAUUGCUGAAAUUGUCACAAUUGGGCAAUCAAUGGAAUUAAAAACCAAAAUUAGCCAGCAAACUCUCAUGAGACAAGACACGAACAAAAAACUCAAGCUACCUACCAGAUGCGUUUUGAAGACUUUUACAAGAAACACUGACACUGGGAUUGCAACAUCUCGGGCGCCACAGAAAACAUAUAUACACAACACACAUUUUUUGGGUCAAUUUAAGAAUAAGAAUAUAUAUAUAUAUAUUGAAAGAUAUCAGAGCUAAAGCACCUUUUCUACUACUACUACUACAGCCAAAACAAAAAAACAAUCAAAAACUUGCGAAACUCCGAGCUUCUUUGACAAAAUCCCCCAGAAGAAACCCAGAGACACUGAAAACCAAACAUAAUCACAUCCCAGACAUGCAGAUGAUUGCUAUUUACAAUAUGAGAUAUAUAGAAUAUAUGUGUGUACAAUUUAUAUCACGCCCAAAGGACAGUGUAACUAAGUCUAAAGUAUAUUUGUAAACUAUUUUCUGAGCACAGAUUUUGUAUAAAUUUAUUAGACACGCGCUUGUCCCCCCAGAGAGGCAGCCUUCGGCUCUUUUGCUUAUACACGACUUAGGGCUUUACCCCACGUCUUAACCCCUGACACUCCUGACACCCUUAACCCCUUACUUUCGAACUUUGGUUUAGUUUUUUUGUCCCCCAAAAACCCACUAGAAGGUCUUGCUUCUAUUGUAAAUUUUGUACUAUAUACAAUGGUCUCUUUAAUGAAGGAACUCGAAACCUACUAUAUACACUCGAAUAUGCAGAUAGAUGUGUAUAUUAUAAAUAAUGAAUAAUGAAUUGUUGAAACUGUAACUCUUAACUGAAAACUUUGGCAAAAAUCAACUUUUUAUACCUUUCGUGGCGUGGCUGAGAUCGAUUUUUAAGAAAAGGGAAACUAACUACCAAAUAACAUAGAAGAAAUGCACAACAAAAGCAAGUAAAUCCAAGUCAAAUUACAACUAUUUUUAAAAUUUACACUCGACGCAAACUUUCAUGAUUGUUAAUUACGAUUACAAAAUGGAGUAUUAUGCAAACAAUAUAAUAUUUAAAAAUAUACAAAUAUAUAUGUGGAUAAAAAGAAUUAAUCGGUAACCAAACGAGCAUUUAGUUUGUAAGCUAAAGCAUUUUGUUUCGGAAUCUUUGCACAGCCUUUCUGAAGAGUCUACAAAUCUAUAUUUCUUAACUUUAGUUCAGUUCAAAGGUUAGUUUAUGGUUUAGUUAGUCUUUAACUUCGUUAGUCUGCCAUCGCCAAGACAUCGACAAUGAUUCAGCGACAAUCCUGGCCGCAAACCUAGAGACAAACAUCGAAGUAGUUCAUAACUUCUAAGUAUUGCUCCACCACUCUGAGUAUCUUCCAUUGGCACUCGAUAUUUCUUUUGUUUAUUUUGUAUAUUACUUCUACAGACUUCUAACCUGUCUCACCUGUCAACUGAUAUCUUCCAGACCUACUAUUGUGCAGUUAAAAAACGAGCAAACAAAAAAUAGUUAAAUAAUUAAAAAUACAAAUAUUAUAUGGUAUAUAUAGACAAGCAAGCAGAUAUGUGUACCUUUGAUAAUUUACUAUGUCGAAUAAAUAAAUUCAAAGACACCACACACAGGAUGCAAGGAUAUACAAAAUCAAAUUAAAUUAUUCAUGUUACUGGCACUAGCUAAAAAAUAUAUACGAAGCAAUCUGAGUAGGGUAAACAACUUAAAAUAAAUAACAAAAAACACAAAUAACACGAACCUGAUGAAGAAUGCGAAAAUUGGCCAAACAAAGAGACCAAACGCAUAUCCCAACCACAAAACACACAAAUACAAAUACCAAACUGAACUAAAAACUGUUGAAAAACAAGGCCAAAAAACACGCAUAAACCUAUGCCUAUACCUAUAUAAUAUACUAUAUAUACAUAUUUGAGUGUACAAUUGUUGUGCUAGUUACAGAAUACAGAAUACAAACAGAAACUACAAAGGGCCCUCCUACAAAUAUACACUAUGGAAAACCAGAAAAACCAAAUAAAACUACAAUGCUUUUAAUUGUAGGAGCAGCAGGAGGAGAACAAAAAGCGGCAACUAUUUUCGAUUAUAUUUAUUUAUCCGGAACCCAUCCAAAAAGGAGACAGUUAACCAAGUAUUUGUAAGCUCUAUUGCGUGUUUUUUUUUCUAUACAAGCCACUGGUCAGAACUACAAACGCAAACACUCUACCGCCGAAACUCGAUAAGAAUAGUAUAUGUAUCUUGAUGGGUAACUCAGAAGCAAAAACCAAAGAAUAUAGUUUUUUAAUGUACGUAUUUAUGAUGUAUACCAACGGGCCACACAAUUCAGGUUCCUAGACUCCCCUCCGUAAACAGGAUAUCAGUAUAGACCGACGAGACCGCAAACUCCUGGCAUUAACCCUAAGUGCAUAGAAUGUGUGUUUGCAUGGGUUAAUAUCAAAUCAAAACUAACAAACGUAACAAAACUAAAACAGAGUCCCUACUUAAGCAUAUUCUAUGUAAAUUCAACAAAAGCUGCAGAAAGAAACAUUAUCAAAUUCAAUCAAUAAAUGUCAAUGAAUAAUUAAAA